UCCGCCUGUUGGUUAGGCCUCACCUCGCAGCAGCAGCGAGUCGCCGCGUCGGAACCCGAGGAGCGCUUGCAAAGCGAUUCGGGGCGCCCGCAAGCGGCGCAGCUCCGCAGCAGGCCCGACUCGCCGCCGGCGUCGACACCACGCAGCUACGGCCAUGGCUAGAGCCUAAGGAGUCUUCCGGCGUCGCCAUGGGCCCCUAGACUGCUGCUGAGCCAUGGACCACCAGCGACGGGGCACUGUGCGCUCCAUGCACGGGGGCGGCCGGUCGCGGCGGCCCUCGUCAGCCGUGGACUCCAAGUACCCGAGCAUGGACCGCUCAUGCGCCAUCAUCCUCAUGUACGGCAUCUACUUCUGCUACGUGCUGGCCUGCUUCGGUGCCAUGCUGGCGGUGGCCGGCCUCAUGUUGCACAUCUCGAGCGAGCAGCCUGGCGCGCACGACAAGGGCAAGAUCAUCGCAGGCACGGGCAUCGGCAUCUGCGCCGUGUGCUUCGUGAUCGCCUUCUACUGCCGCUCAGUGCGGCUGGACGAGCAGAUCAUGGAGACCAUCAAGGAGACAACAGACGACCGCGAGUGGUCCGUCUUCAAGAACCCCAAGGCCGGCUGGUGGCACAUGCGCUAUGGCAUGGCCGACCAGAGCUCCAUCCGCUCCAGUGCCACCAUUCAGUGCAAUGUGCGGCCAGAUUCGGCUGCCUCCACUUCGUCUGUUGUAGUCUACUACCAGACCAAGGGCCACGAGACUACGCCCUCCGAGGCUAGCCCCAGCCAUUCGAACAGGAUCAAGGGCAGCACGGACAGACUUUGAGCCGCCACCGCCGCCGUGCGCUCCUUGUUCGCGAUGCUGCAGGCUAGAGCACCUUCCACGUGACUGAAACGUCGCGCAGACCGCAUACUUUGGCCAAAGCCAGCCACAAUGAUUUCUUUCGAUGGAACACUAUUUGUCGUAUAUAGUUUUUUUUUUUUUUACGCAAACGGUUUUCGCAGUCACUGUCUAAAGGUGAGGUGUACAUAAGUUAGGUAGGAGAAACAAAAGGUAGUAGUCAUGUGCAAUGAACUAAGCUUUUAUACGUGAGAGUAGAAUAAUCAGUUUAAAAAAGUGCUAAAGAUUUCUUGCUCUGCUACAACACAAGUGAGUAUAACAGUGCAAUAUUUCUGUUUUGCAAUAUUGGUACAGUCACAGCUAACACACGUCUACAGAACAUUUGAAGUUGCACAUUAGUUUUUCGUGACCCAUCUCCUCAAGAAUUGCAACCUAACGCAACUGUUAAGUUGCAAAUACUCAGCGAUAAGUAAUCCCUGUUAAAAAGCAAAAUGGUAAGCUUCUUAUUGAUGGAUGAGUGCUCUGGAGCAGUUUCUCAAAGUUUGAGCGAAUCAGCAAGAACUGCUUUGCAGACAUAGCUUCUGACAAGCAUCAAGUGUCGAAAAAAUAGUGUCACGAGGGUGGUAAAUUCUUCUUUUUAAAGCUUUAUUUUUUCGCAUGUGUGUAUGUGCGUCAACAAAAUAUUUGAUAAGACGAACGUCAGAUAUUACUUGCAUUACGCAAGUGACCAAAUUGCGUCGCCGAAUGCCUUAAUGUGGCGUCACUGAUUGCACUGUAUUUGUGUAUGUUUGGGUCUACUUUACGCAGGGAAACUAAAAAAUUCCAUGUGAAGACAUUGGUCACUUUCAAAUUCAGUGCAAUAUCUUUUUUUUUCUUUUUUUUAAUUAAGAAUAACUAGUCCCUAGCAAACGCUACCCCAAUCUUGUAUGUCAGGAGAAACUGGUGCAGGGCAAAGAUCUUACUGUGUCCAAUCAACUAACCAGGUGUCCUCCCAAGGUAUGACUGGAUCCAUUUGCGGUUUCAAAAGUGCAAUAUAGAAUAAUAUACUUUCUUGUCCUUUUAAAGAUAAUAGAUUCGACAGAUCAGCUGCAUCAGCACAGGCCCUAGCCUGGGACUGACACAUAAGGAAUGUAACACAACCUUUACAGUUAUAGCUUAAAAUUUGCUAAAAGGGACCUUAGUUUGAUGUCCGUAUUGCUGCACAUAUUUUUGCAUAAAAGAGAAUGGGGCGUGCGAGUGCAUCAAGCUGACCAUGGCGACUCAAAGUUAGAGACCUAGGGAAGCAUUUGUGCUCACCCAUGAGCCAAGUUUUCAGAGUAGUGGGUCAUUCACGGUUUCUAGGCUGAUGAAUGAUCAUACAGUCGAACCUCAAUUUAACGCUGACCUAAAAGUCUUAUAUUUAAAAUUCCCUUUAGACCCUUUGUAUAAAUACUCUGGAUUUGGCAAAUUUGCGCUGAAGUUUCAUAUAACGAAGCUAACACACCUCGCACCGGAGCAUUGGCACCCUCCACGAGAGCGAGGUAGUGUUCCUGUAAACGUCUCUCAUACAGAGCUAUUUGACGCCAGCGCUGGGCACCCCUUCUCAUGCAGCCAGGUGCAGCGCAGCGUUGGACAUAGAAAAGGAGAUUAUUUGUCACCAAAAGUGGAGGUGGGACCAUGUGGUCUCACCAAACAGUGCAGUGGUUGAAGUGCCCAUACAGUGACCAUAUUGGCGAAAGCUGCCAAAUUGCUUCUCUUGGAAAUGCUGCGUAACCUACUCUCUCCUCUUGACCUGUUGAGUGCUUGACGGACACAGCCUUCGGCAGCACGGUCAUAGUUUGUGUAUGCGUAAGUGGUGCUUGGCACCACAAGACCGCCACAUCAGGUUUCAGUAAUGUGAACAGUUUCUUAUGUCCGAAGCCAUGUUGCACUAUUAAAUUACAUUAAAUUAUUAGUUAAACUACUAAACUAUUAGUUACAUUAAAUGGCAACGUAUUUGUUGCACUCUUGACUAAUUGAGGUUCCAUGGCAUAUUACUCAGUUGACAGCAAUUCAAAUAGAAAAUUUAAACAUUCAUCGAUGAUUACAAUACUCCCCAACACGAUAUUUGAGCGCAGCUGCACCAGUGUGUUUUCAUUUUGUGAUUUACUGGCUGGCGCAGACAAUCUGUCUCGUGCGGCACAUUGCAAAUGGAGCGAAGUGCAGCGUGAUUGCCUCACUAAUCUGGAGAUCGCGAGAGCCAGCGUUUGCGUAAUGUGUAGGGGCGAUUCACCGCAGCUGCCGUCGACAGGCCUCCCAGACAAUGCGUGCUACUCCGGUGCCAUCUCGUAGCCAUCGUCAUCGCACUAUGCUUUUCUUCUCACACUUUUGCCAUACCCUCCUCCGCUUUCCACUUCAUGGUCCCGCUGCACCAUCAUCUCCGCUUUCCUCCUCGCGUCUUUCAUCCCCUGCUGUGGUCUGCAUUCCCCUUCAUCUUUUGCUAUGCUUGUUCGCUCGGUUAUGCUGCCAAUGCUAGCCGCAGGAAUGGGAGCCUAAAAGCUGUGCUCUAAAAUGAGACAAUUUUUCCGUCAACACUCCUAUAGCCCCGUAAAGCCAUGCGAAGACGUCAAGAGAAUGCUAUGGCAUAAUACCUUAUGGUGCAAGAUAUAAUAUGGUCAAAACAAACAACCCUUUACGUCCUUUAAUUCAUAUUACAAGUAAAAGUUCAAGAACAUGAAUCAUUAGCUGAGAGCACAAUAUCUACGGAAUAACACCCACUUACUUUUCUGAAAUAUGUGACAUGACCUGCAAAUGCCUAAGUGCAAAAGAGAAUAGCUAUUCAGUUUCAAAAAUCCACGCACUCAAAAAAUGUCUUCCCCCCCCCCCCCCCCCUCCCACCCAGGAUGUUGAGGAAGCACCGCACAUGGUGGAACGCAAUUAUUACGUGGGAAUGGGCAACCAGGUAGGCACUAUAAAGGCACUUGAGGGAAGUGCAAUAUGUAUUCCCCUACACCUCUGGCUGUUAUCCAAUUUAGCGACAGCGUAGAAGACAUAUGGGGCAUGCGAGUCAACUUGAGCCAACACGGUGAUGUUUUCAUUCAGGCUGGCAUUUUAUGUACAUUCGUCCGUACUUCUACAAGAAGAAAAACGCACGACGAAAGUCCUUCAACAGGCUGUUGCAUGUGCCGCGGGACGCUCCGCAGUUACAAGUCAUCGAAGGCCAGACUAUAAGUGUUUGUCCAGUGAUAACUAGUUAUGGCCACAUCUAUGCACGAAAUAAGUUAAACUUCUACGGUGAUGGGUUUCCUUCUAGAUGCUGUGUUUCUGGUGAACUGCAAUGGUUGAAGCUGUAAUAUGCUAGUACACAGUGGCGUGGUCAGGAAUUUUUUUGGGAGGGGGCAAGCACUUGAUCGUGGGUGGGGUGCAGGGCAAGCAGGUGUUGUUGUUGCACAUAGCUUUAUGCCAGGUGUCCCUGGUACACAGAAAUUAAGAGGGGGGGGGCACAUGCCCGAUGUCCCCCCCUCCCCUUUUGGCUACGCCCCUGCUACUACACUACAGUAUUAGGGUAUUGCAAUAAAACAUGUUGUGGGGCUAGUUGGUGCAUAGCUUUCAAUAGAUGAAGUGCCAAUAGUGACGGCACACUAGGAAGGAAAACAAAGCGCCUUGUCCUGUCUUUGUUCCUUUCUAGUGCGCCGUUACUACUGGCGCUUCAUCUUUUGAAAGUAUUAGGGUCACUGGCCCCACGUAUUGGGGCCAGCCAGGGCGCUAGUGGGCGAACAGGGUUACUUUUCGAUGCACUAAAGGCACUCAUGUGAAAAAUUCUUUUAGUUCUUCGCUUCAUAAACAUCCAAGCUCUGGUUUUUUUCUCAAGCUCACGCGAUUGCACAGAUCGAGUCCAGACAUUUCGAGUCACUCAAUUACUGACCAUAUCUUAUUGUGCUUUUUGCUCAUUCAGUGUUAGCGGUGUUUCUUUAUGAGGCCAAUCAAAAUUAUUCACGCUGAUGAAACACAAAAACUCAAGAAAAUUGUUUCGAUAUUCAGGAGUUUUAGUUUGAAAAAAGACUAUUAAAUCGAGGCUCAACUAAUUUUUAACCAAAAAAGAAAUCGAAAAGCUUCUUUUAAAUUAACCUAAAGAUAACUUUUCCCUUAAUAUAUUAAAAACAAAACAAAAAAACUAAGCUUUAUUCAGCUCUGCUCCAUUGGUGAGACAUCCAAGCUUAAAAGCGUCACGUCUCACAGCUCUGACAGUAAAAGAACUGUUUUCGAUGGCAACAGUAGGAUGAUGACUGCCACUGUAGCACAUUCAAGUUUUUUUUUUUUUUUCCCUUUUCUGGUGCAAAAAGAUGCUGGCACCAAGAAUGCUUUUUUUUUUUCCCACUAAGAAUACCAAUAGUCACGAACAAAGCCCUUUGUUCCUUUCAGUCACGUGGAAUGUCUCUGGCAAAGUGCGCCAAUGCUUUGCACCAGUGCCAUAGCGCCUCGUCUACCCGCUGCCGAUCAGUAAUCAUGCUGAAGAGGCGCACAUGUGGUUGCCUUCUGGCUGGAUACUCUCAUGGGACCUUAUGCUGCCAACCCUAAAGUGGCAACUGCAUAGACAUGCCUGUGCAAGCCAGAAACUUUUGCAAGACAUGUUCUUGAAGGCAUUUAUCUUCCUACAAGCUUAUGGGGAGAGCAAUGGCAUGUGUAGCUCUCAUCCUCAAGACUGUUGCUGCCGUGACCGCUACACCCAAGAUCACAAAUAGAACUACUUCCGGAUGCAGUUUCCAGUACUCAGCAGGGAGGACAACUCCCAACUUUUUGUUUACAACGAGUACAUACUUCUCCACCCUUAAAUAUGUCCAAUGAAAAAGCCCUUACACCCGAUGUCACUGACACCUUUCCAAGUACCUCUUGCAGCCUUCUCUGCACCUGCGCUGUUUCCAGCAGGAACAUCAGAUGCAUGUGCCGUUUAUUGCUCUGCAAAUGGUACCUAGAAAUGGCAGUCACUACGAUAUUAGAGCAAGCCAUCUCCAGGUCAUGACUUAAAACAACAAAGGAUUAAGCCCUUUCAGACACCACAUUGCCUCCAGGUAUUUUUUAUUGAAACAUCAUUCUACAUGCUCAAUUCUGUCUUGAUUGUGGCUUAUUUCCUAAUGUGGUAAAUGUAAAUUUUUGUUAGCAUCAAGACUUGUAGCUUCCGAGCACGUGUUACUGGCUUCAAGCAUAUUUAGGCAGAACAGCCAUUAAAAUUUUUUUUCGGAAAGAAAAAUUACACAAGAUGUUCAACCUCAGCAUGUGCACUUUCUGGCGAGAAUACUGGCUGCUACACCACAUGUAGCAUGCAAAUAUAGUAUUUGUGCAAAUACAUUCAUUUGGUUCACUAUGUAUGAGGAAGACUGACACCAAUUUUUCCUCUAACGUUGCAUCAUUCAAUGAACAUUAAAAUACGCUAAACAAAAUCAUCGCCUCAAUAACAUUGGCACCUAAUGUCCGCUUUUAGCUUUGUAUUACCUGUGAUGCAACUCAAGAGUGAAAAUGCGAAUCAAUUCAAACAUACUUUCAGACAUGCCUGCUCAUGAAGCCUACUGUGCACCAACCACUUGAUACAGCAUUCCUGAAAGUGCCACUAACUACAGGACAUGCUGCUGAUAAGUAGGAUGACUUUUUUUUUUCUCCCUUCAUCAAAUUUCGCUCCCUACAGCAUUUAUGACUACACACCGACAUCAGUGUCGAGUGACAGCAGCCCCCUCGAGUGCAGCUGAUCUGACCAGAUUCCUGUUCGCCCGUUAUCUGCUCAAGGAAGAAGCCCACAAUGACAGUGGCAAGUUAAAUGGAAGCCUCAAAAGUGCAUGUCACCUGGACAGUAUGUGUACAAGUUGCCCUUGCAGAAGUUGCAAGCACAGUGGCAUACGCACUAAUGUACAAAACAGUGUCAUAUUUCAAGCAUCGACUUUCUUGUGUUGCUGCUGUUCUGCCAGGUAGAGCCAGCAGCCAACUGUAACUGGUGAUCAGUUUGUGAUAUCAAAGCCUGUAGUCUUCACAUGGCAGGUGCGACGAGACUCAUCUUAGAAUCAAAACACAGGCUUCAUUAAAUCUGUUGUGCAAUGUGUGGUGAUGUAAAAGAUAUGCUUCAAAUGUUAAGCGCUCUUGCCAUGCUCCAGAAAAAAAAAAGAUAUUGCGUUCAUAUUUAUAUGUCUUGCAAAAUAUGCUUGAUGGGUCUACAUGCUCUGCAGUGAAUUGUGUGUUAAAAAGGUAGAGUUGUGACCCUCAAGGCUUAAAUCACUGUCUUUCAAUUGGUCAUGUGGAUUUUUAUGUUGAAUAAAGUCACUUUACUUUC